ACUAAUGUCUCUUGGCUUCCCGUAAGGAGGGGCGGGAGAGGGCGGGUCCGUGCUAAUGAAAGCCUUGACUUCGUUUGGGACUAAAGGAGCUUUCCUGCUGGGGGAGACCGGACGGGGAGGGGAAAUGUGUGUCUAGUUAAAACAAGUUUUAGAAUCUUCUGCACUGUUAGAGUUACAGUGCGCUAGAUCUACUCCUUCCUCUGUUAAUUUGCAAACCUCUUCCCUCCCCCCCUUUGGUGAGGGGGCCACCUUUACUCAGGUAGGGCACUCAGAGGCUCCAGGAAGUUAAGCCACUUGCCCCAGGAAGCACAGCCAAUCCGGAAGCGGCAUGUAUGCACCCAUCCCCCAGAGCAGUUCUCCAUUCCCGGCAUCGGUGAAGGACCCCGGCCUGCAUGUGUGGCGGGUGGAGAAGCUGAAGCCGGUGCCAGUGGCCUACGAGAACCAUGGCAUUUUCUUCUCGGGGGAUUCCUACCUAGUGCUUCACAAUGGCCCAGAAGAGCUCUCCCACCUGCACCUGUGGAUAGGCCAGCAGUCGUCCCGGGAUGAGCAGGGGGCCUGUGCCGUGCUGGCUGUGCACCUCAACACCCUGCUGGGGGAGCGGCCUGUGCAGCACCGAGAGGUGCAGGGCAACGAGUCCGACCUCUUCAUGAGCUACUUCCCGAGGGGCCUCAAGUACCAGGAAGGCGGAGUGGAGUCAGCAUUUCACAAGAUCUCCCCAGAGGCCACCCCAGCUGCCAUCAGGAAACUCUACCAGGUGAAGGGGAAGAAGAACAUCCGCGCCACUGAGCGGGCACUGAGCUGGGACAGCUUCAACACUGGGGACUGCUUCAUCCUGGACCUGGGCCAGAACAUCUUCGUCUGGUGUGGUGGGAAGUCCAACAUCCUGGAACGCAACAAGGCACGGGACCUGGCCUUGGCCAUCCGGGACAGUGAGCGGCAGGGCAAGGCCCAGGUGGAGAUCAUCACGGAUGGGGAGGAGCCUGCCGAGAUGGUCCAGGUCCUGGGCCCCAAGCCUGCCCUGAAGGAGGGCAACCCUGAGGAGGACCUCACAGCUGACAAGACUAAUGCCCAGGCUGCGGCUCUGUAUAAGGUCUCUGAUGCCACUGGACAGAUGCACCUGACUAAGGUGGCCGACUCAAGCCCCUUUGCCCUUGACUUGCUGAUACCUGAUGACUGCUUCGUGCUGGACAACGGGCUCUGUGGCAAGAUCUACAUCUGGAAGGGGCGAAAAGCUAACGAGAAGGAGCGGCAGGCGGCCCUCCAAGUGGCCGAGGACUUCAUCUCCCGCAUGCGAUAUGCCCCAAACACUCAGGUGGAGAUUCUGCCCCAGGGCCGCGAGAGUCCCAUCUUCAAGCAAUUCUUCAAGAACUGGAAGUAAGAGGAGCAUCUCCCCCCGCCCACCUGCUUGCCUGUUUGCUCUCCCUCCCACUGCCUGGUCAGUGCCGAGGUGCCCCUGCAGAUGUUCAAUAAAGGAGACCAGUGUCU